AUGAUGUCCGUUAAAAAGAUCAAGGUUGUUAGCACCAUAGCUAACUUAAUUUCUAUUGGACUAGCCUCAUGUUUGUUUGUGUUUUGUUACUAUCUUGUUGCAAGUGAAAAGACCAAGAUAGGCUUAAUAGUAGUUGAUACAUACUUUGGAUCACUUGCAAUAGCCUUCGCUUUGUUUAGCCUUUACUCAAUAUUAAAAGAAGAAUUGUCGUUCCUGGUUGCAUUGAGAACAUAUUAUGGAAUUUCUGCAUGUUUUAUGGUAACCAUUUCGGUGGUGCACACCUUGAUCCCAAUCUAUUCUGAAUUUGAUGACGAACUAUAUACCACUGAAAACAUGUAUUACUUAGCAGCGACAGCUUACAUUCUUGGUUUUAUCCAGAACAUAUACUCUUUAUACCUUUGCCACUCCUUAAUACAACACAAACGCAUCGAACUCGAAAAUGAAGACUUUGAUACAUUGGGCGAAGGCAAGUCAUGUUCAUCACUUAACAUCACCACUGAUUCCAAAAGACUAGGUGUAGCUGUAUAA